AUGACGAAUGGAUAUGUUGGCGGCAUUCCGCUGCCUGUGGAGAAGUCGGCCGGCUACGAUUUCGGCUCCAUGGACGAUGCGGACGGCAUCAAAAGAGCCGUCCACUCGCCCGAGGCUCCACACAGCGCACGCAUGAAGGGGGACCGCAGGGUGCUGGAGGAGCUCCAGAAGGAGGCACGCGAGCUUUUGUCGCUGUCGUACGGGCUGAGGGCGGAAGCCGAGGAUGCAGGCAAUGGCGGUCUCGACAGCUACCGCAGCGGCUCGGCUCCCUCACGGCCGCCUUCCCUCAUCAGCUCGCCGCGGCUGAAUCUGAACCCGCAGACCAAGCAGGCCAUUGAGUCCAAGUGGGCGCAGGACAGCCCACGGAAGGCGUGCAAACUGCUUCCCACCCCGGAGAUGUCCAAGGCAUGCAAAACAGAUAAGCUGUUGGACGUGCGCCCGGAUUCCGGUCGCAUGGAGCGGAACACCGGCGAUUUCACGUCGCUGGACGUGCUGGACCCCGUUCCUCACCUCGAGAAACGCGUGUCGUACCCGCUUGACCUGUCGGUCAGGGACAUCUGCGGCAGCUCGCCGCUGGUGGCCAACGCCACCCGCGAGGGGUACCGCGAGAUGCUCACGGCGCUGCAGCAGAAGUACACGGUGGUGCUGCGCAUGUUCGACGAGAUCAACGAGCAGCGGAUGUCGUACAUCGAGGGGCUGCACGAGCUGCAGGGCCAUCUGGACAACGCUCGUUCGGUGAUGCAGCUCCAGAAGGCGGAGAUCGCGAAGCUCAACGGUCGGGCGCAGCAUCACGAGGCCGCUGCGCGCCAGGUCGCCAAGGACCUCGAGCGCUGCCACGAGGCCCUCUCUGUGCGCAUGCGCCACGAGGCGCAGCUGGAGGCCCAGGUCCGCGAGAAGGAUGAGUUCAUCCAGGACUUGAUGUCAGAGACUGAAACCCUUAAGGCGUCAGUAGGCACGUUGAACGAGCGAAUCAGGUCGCUGUCGUUCAUGCCCGAACUCGCCGGCAAUGCGGAGUUCGCUGGCAUGAGCUACACCUACGGCGACGCGGUCAUGGAGCUGCAGGAGCUGAUCAACAAGCUCUCCACGUGCGACCUCGCGCAGUCGGAGUUCGACGGCAUGGUCGAGACCCUGCAGCAGAAAACGGGUGCGCUGCGUUACCUGGAGACCCUGAUCAAGUGUCCGCUCACGAGCAACCUGGCCGACUUCUACCGCCAGCGCUUCAUCCUUGCCGACCGGUUCAAGGACGAGGUCUUGAAGAUUCACGAGGACAAGGAAAAGGAGCUGGAGCGCAACUACGAGCGCACGCAGCAGCUGAUCGACACGUACGCUGCGCGUGUCCACCAGGCCAACGCCGACAGCCUCUCCGCGCGCACGCUUCUGGAGACCUACGUGCGCCGCACGACGAUGUGCGCGGCUCCACCCGUCAGCACCAGCAAGGUCGCAGCACGCGUAGCUAAGGCGCUCCGCGCCCCCGUGGAAGUGAUGAUCGCCGAGCGUCCCCUGGUGGGCGCACCGCAUUUCCGCACCACGUACGUGCGCGUGACCGAUGACGCGUUGAAUUUCUGCCGCGUCAAGGCCGAGAAGCUCUCAGUGAAGAGCAGUGUCCCCCUGAAGGACAUUCGAAAGCUGGAAUUCGGCUACAACUCGGCCUCGUACAUCUUCAACCACAACCUCGUCAAGCCCGGCGAGGCCUUCCCGUGGCACUUUUUCACGCUGGUCACCGCGAAGCGCGAGUACAACAUGUUGUGCACGGACGACACCAUGAUGGACGUCAUCUACAUCGGCAUCAACCACCGCAUUGCUGGGCAAUGCUUCAUGGUGAACGUGGUUGACAUAUCGCGCAUGCGGCUCCUGCGCGCGAAGACCAAGCUGCACUGGCACUGCCAGACGCACAACAUCACCCCCCGCCGCAUGUGGCUGAACGCCAUCCGCAAGACGGUAGAGAGUCAGACGGCCGCGGCGCAGUAA